AUUGCUUUCAAUUUUCAACAGACUAUAUAUAAAAUCCCACGUCUCUCACUUUCUCUAUAAAAUAAAACUGCUCCUCUCUUUUUAAAACCCUAGCCGUACAAUACUUGUAGAAGUUUUAUUUUUUUUCUUCUUCUUUGUUUGAUUUUAAAAUUCUCUUACCAUUACAGAGAUACAGAUCCGACCCGAUUUGGGAGACCCGGAACAAUGUGUUUUGCGAAACCAGAGAUUCAGCCUCAUAGACCCGUGGUGAUAAGAUCGGUAUGGUCGCAUAAUCUCGAAUCGGAGUUCGGUCUGAUCCGAUCCGUUAUAGAUUCGUACCCGUUUAUCGCGAUGGAUACGGAGUUCCCCGGAGUCGUGGUUAGAACGCCGAAUAACGGGUCCGAUUCCGACGACGGGCCGGGUUUACAGCUCCGGCAGCCGGACCGGCACUACGUGGUGUUGAAGGCGAACGUGGACCGGUUGAAUCUGAUCCAGAUCGGGCUUACGCUGUCGGAUUCGGAGGGGAAUUUGCCGGAUCUGGGGACUGACGAGCUUUACAUAUGGGAGUUCAACUUCAACGACUUCGACGUGGCGCGUGACGCCCACGCGCACGACUCGGUCGAGUUGCUGAGGCGCCAGGGGAUCGACUUCGAGCGGAAUCGCGAGUUUGGCGUUGAGUCGACCCGGUUCGCCGAGUUGAUGAUGUCGUCGGGGCUCGUGUGCAACGACCUCGUCGAGUGGGUCACCUUCCACAGCGCGUACGACUUCGGAUACCUGGUCAAGGUGCUGACUCAGCGAGUCUUGCCGAGCGAGUUGCGCGAGUUCCUCGAACUCGUCCGAGUCUUCUUUGGUGCUAGGGUUUACGAUGUUAAACACUUGAUGCGGUACUGUGCUAGUCUCUACGGUGGGCUGGACCGGGUAUCCCAGGCCCUUAAUGUGGGUCGGGUCAUCGGGAAGAGUCACCAGGCCGGGUCGGAUAGUUUGCUGACCCUACAUGCGUUUCAGAAGAUCACCAAAGAUUAUUUCGGCAAAGACAAUCCGAUUGAAAAUUGCUGUUUGUGCUUCACUGGGGAGACAAGGGCCAGUUUUUGAAUUGAGUUGUGCAACUGUUCACGAUCAAUGUGGUAAAUACAGACGGCAUGAUGACUGGUCUUCAAAGUUCAAAACUAUUGAACAUAGGUCUCUUUUUUGUUUAAUAAUGACUAAACUAGUUCCUUCAAUCAUUUUUAUGACAGCUGUGUUAUAAUGGUGAUGUAUUCAUAAUAGGAAUUGUUAUCCAGGAACAUCAGGUAAUGGCAUUAGGAUAAGUUGGUCUUACUCAGGUAUGGGGUUUGCAUUUCACAGGUAAGUACUUCAAAUUUGACUAGUAUUUUUCUGUUACUAGCAAAUUUGCUUUCUGAAUAUGGUGCUGUUGGUAUGAGAAGCUUAAUUGUGUCUGGCAGAAAAGUUAUAUUUUUGUCUAUACUGUGAGUCUUGGAUGCAUAUUCCUAGAAAGAAAAUCAUCACUUACUGACCAUUUAUUUGUAAAACUAAUGACCAUUAACUUUACAUUUAGGCGUUUAUAUAAUUGUAUUUCUCACUUGAUUCUUAAUGACUGUAGUUUUUGCAUGGUUUGUGUAGAAGCCAUGUCCUUUAGUAAUUAUAUGCUGAUAUGCCUAUGCUUGUUGCAGGGGAAAGUUAGCUAUAAAGAUCACUGUGAAGUACUUCAUAUUAUUUUGUAUUCAUAUAUUCGACUCUAGAUAGUUGGGACAAAUUCUUCGAGUUUACUUGUGUAGCUCUUGUUAUGAUAUCAUCAUUGAACCAAGAAUUGCUCCAAGUCAUAGCCUAACUUUUUAAUUUUAACUUGUUAAGGUAUCUUUGGUUCACUGUCCUUUUGUUUUAUCAAUAGAGUGUAACCUUAUCAUGGUUCAGAUUC